UUGCCAAAUCGUUGGCGGAGGCCAGUUGCUACAGUGGCCACGCAAACGCCCAAAAACUCGCAAUAUUGCACACCCACACAAUUUUCCGAUGAGGUUAAGGAUCAAUUGAUGGUCCUACUCGGCGAGGGUUGUCUGCCUACCGACACCCCGUCUCCAGAAGAUGAAUACAAGGAUCUACGAGCUCUACACCAGACUUAUGUAGAACAUUGUGCAAAAAACCAAAUCCUCGGCUACACCCGAUUCGCAGACGGAAAAAAAGAAUCUCGAGAUCUGGCGCGAAGCCCGCCGACGUUUGAAGAAUUUCAAGCUCUGCUUUACCAUUUUAUGCGAAGGCAGGAAACUCCUUGGGGCCUGCCUCCUCUUCUUGCGGUAUGGAAAACUCAGAUCUGGGACAUUGAUUCCAAUACAAGAUCCAGCAGACUCCGCCGCUAUUGUGGAUGGAUAGGUGCGGAUGCCAGCAGAAGCGAUGCAGCAAUGCUACAGGAUAUUGUGGAAUGGCGGGAAAAUAAUCUCUCUCAGUUGGACAUUCGAGUGUUUAAUCAACCGGUCGCGAUACCAUUAAGGGCCGUUGAUGAUCCAGACCGAAAUCAAGAUCCCAAUUCAGUCAGUACGCCUCCAACAGAAUGGUUAUAACCAAGAAUCGUGGAAGGUCAAAUAAUAUUAGAGCCUACAGAUAGACGUAGGCUCAUCUUUGAACAAGAUGAAGAAGUGGUAAUGUACGGGCCUCCAAUGGUCAAACGAGCGAUAGGUCAGGAUUCAGAAGUCUACAGAAUAGUCAUCGAUCUUGAGGGAAACGCAGCGGCUGUUCCGUUGAGUGUCAUCGACCGCCUUUCGGAUCUCAAUAAUGCAAAUGAUGACAAAGGCAUAAAACCAUUCGACAUGAUACUAGGACGACCACCACAGAGAGUUCAAAGAUACGAGGAAUCAGAAUCAUCCGAAGACGACGACAAUGACGGCGAUUCUUUACCUCCUUCUUCAAAUUCCGAGGAGAUAUCAGAUGGCGAAAGAACACCAGAACCCUGUGCGCCACCACACGCAAGAAAUCCACAUGCUACAUGGUCAGGGCUUCAAGGGUCUGACGAGGAAGAAGAAGAAGAGGAAGACGACGAUGAUGACGACGAGGGUGACCCAGAUAGGUCCCAGUCGGAAGGAGGUUCAAGUCGCCAACAAACUCGUGAUUCGUUCGACGAAGCCGACGGCGUCACUCCUGAACAGUACGGUGAUGAUGAUGGCCAAGGUUCGCAAAUUUCGUAUGAAGUCAGUGAGGCAUGA